CAAAAUUGACAAAACAAACAAAGCCUUAAAUCCCUAAAUAGUCAUCUUCGUCAAAACAGAGCGGCUAAACUCCCUCCGCCGCUGCACUCCAAACGAUUUCGCCGACAGGCGAUCACCUCCAACCGACCCUGCACAGCGGACAACGGCCCUCCUCUUUCUUGCCGCCCCGCCAUCAUGGUCCUCCAUUAGCACCCCCCUCCUCUAUACUGCCGCAAUUGGGCAUGGUUCAAUCAUGAAGUUGCGGGUGAUCAGGAUUUUGAAAUCCUACGAACACAGUGGUCUGCGGUGGGAUGGUUAUGUUGAGAGAAGUGGAUGAUUUGGCUAAAUCGUGGUUGGAUGGUUGCUAAAUUUAUCGAGCAGCCAGAGGGCCCAGAUCAGUGGCGAUUGCUGGCGCUAUUGAGGGAUUGCGGCCGUCGUUGCUGUCCCUGGAGAUACGGGUUAUUUGUAAACAUCAAGAUCAGGGAUCCAUCGUCACUUUUCAUUGCCGGAGAUCGGGUUUGCGAGGCGCCGCCGUGACGAGAUCUGCAACAGAGGACGCCAUCGACGGGGGAGAAAUAGCUUGGUAGAGGCGUAGUGACAGUGUGGAGAAGGUGAGUUUCACGAGGAAGAAGGCGGCUUUCCGUCAGCGAGAUUGGUAGACGAACCACUCCUAUUGUUCGACGCCUGCAAUGGAUCAUUCGCCAUGGAUGCGGUUUCUUCAUCUCCGGCCUUGGAGGCCGCGAUCCGAGCUAUGACGGAGGGACGACGGAGUUGAAACGCGGUGUGGUUUUUGAUUUUACAAGGAAAUCGGCAGGAGAGAAGAAGAAUCGAUAUCUAGUGAGAAUGUGAAGGAGACGAGGGUUGGUGGGCUAAAUAUAUUUUAAUGUAAUUUUAAUUUUAUUAAAUUUUAGGUAAGUUUACCUUUAUACAUGUUGUUGUUAUACUAUCCAGUUCUUUUCAUAUUCCCCAGGCUCCUCUCAGCCACAGCCUGCGCAGGAGUGAGAAGAUAAAAAAAUAUCUCUGCCAAACUUCUUUCCUUCUUCCCUUCUGCUCUCAGUCGAGCUCGCCGACUCUGCAACUCUCUGCAGGUAGCAAAACGGGCGCCGAAGUAGUAGCGGCAGAAGAGAAGGAGAGGAAAGAUCCAUACUCUGUUUUCUGCAGCUGCUGAUUUACCUUGGAUUGCCUUUCUUCCCCCAGCUAAUCUCCUUCCAUAUUCUCCGGUAAGUUGAAGAACCGCACUCACUGACUCUUUCUUUUUUUAAGCUUCAAUCUCUUCCGUUUCUGCCGAUUUUUAGCUUUCAAUCUCUUCCAACGGCGAAGCCCCUGGCUGCUUGCUUCGAUUUGGCUUUUCGAAUCACCGCCGGCUGCUUCGGACUCGGUUUUUUUGGUUUACAAUUCGUUAUCGGUACUUUCGUUGAGCGAUUUUCCUGUGUCGAGUUCCUUCCUUGCUUCUUUUGAUUUUGAAUUCCGGCUUCGUCGGAAAAUUCUAGAAUGAAGUCCGAAAGUGGGGAAGAUGUGAAGUGCUUGAUUUUAGGAUUGGUAUUAAUUGCAGUUCAUGCUCAUUUAAUAAUUCCGUCAGUAGCUAUCGAUAGUAGUUGCACUUUUUUUUAUUAUAUCCUCCAAGAUUUGCUUAAUUGCCGUCCAGUCCAGUGACGACUUCUGCGGGAUUUCAUGAGGCGUACUGGAUUUUUCCAUUUCUAGCUCGAAAGUUGAAUUUUUUUUCAAUGGUGCUUCCGUUGACCAAAAUAUUGACUGUACCAUGCCUUCUCCUCCUCAAGCCACAAAAAGUAACGUAACGUCUCUGUUUCUUAUUUAUUUAUUUAUUAUUAUUAUUAUUAUAAUAAAAAUAGGUUGUUGUCGACUUAUCGGUCAUAUGAUGGAUUGUUUUGUGAGUAUAUUGUAAUUUUCCUUCUACAGUAGUAGCGUCUUGCAAUUCGGUUAAAAGGACUAGGAGUAGGAGACCACCCAUUCAGCUCAGCUAACAUCUAUUGAUUCCUUGAGGUCUCAAAUCUGGUCCCUGUUAUUUGUGUUUUGAACACAUCAGUCCCCCUACAAUUUGCAUGCCGUGUUUGGAUUUAGGGAUAGUGCCCAAAAAGUGAUCCUAAAUAUCGCGUAUCUUUGUUCGUCUGAAUAAACAUUAGAAAACAAAAAGGAUGACAAAAUUACACCACCUUAAGUUGAGAACAGAAAUACGGCAGCCCGUUCAGAGAAAAAAAGUGCGAAUGCAUUAUUUUAUUUUAUAGGAGUCCUUUUCGUGGAUCAGUGACAAAUGACAAAAUUUUAAACGAAGAAUAUUCAGAGCUCUUUUUUGCUUUCUUGAUGACAACCUCUUGGCUAUUUGCUAAAGCUACAGUAUUACCUGUGCAUCGGUUGAUAAGUAUAUGGCUGUCCGUCACUUUUAAAUGCUGUUUUCCUAGCUAGGGUCGCUGCUGCUGUAAGCUGCUUAAAGUAGGCUCUUUCUCUUUACUAAUAGAUAAAAAACAAAGUCACUUUUAGCUCUCGCAUCCAUUUUUUUUUUUUUUACUUCUGUGGCGGGGAACGAGAUUCUGCUAGAUUCCAGCCAGAAUUGUACGAACGAAUUUGUGCAGAAAAGGUUCAGUUUUUUUUUUCUUUCUAAAAAGACUGAAAGAGAAGUAGGCCUAGAGGUAAUUUUAGGGUAAAUUUUUUUACCACUAUGAACAAUUGUCUAGAAAAAGAAUUUUAAACCAUGAGAUGCUUGUUGUCUGGUUUGUUUAUCUUUGGUUAGGGUCGGUUUUGUAAAAAUGUGUUUUUUUUGUGUGUGUGUGAAGAAGAUUGAUGAGUUAAUUUAUAAUGCUGGGGAGUUGAAUGAAAUCAUUAUCAUCUCUAGAUCUUGACAGGCAGAGAAUGCCGGAAAGCGGGUGUCAGCUAAGCCGCCGGGUCCUUUUUGCAACUAUUUUAAUUACCACCAUGUGAACACAAUUAUAUCACGCGUAACCCUAACCUACCUAACCCACCUCGCCAUACAAACUUUACAAAUAUGCUUCAAUAAUUGAACAUAAAGGGCCCUGGAUUACAAUUAACAGAUAAAAAGAAAAGCUGGCUUGUUUCUACAAUCCUGCCUUCUAUCUACCAUUCAACUGUCUGUUUGACACUAGGUUUUGCUAGAUGCGAUCUGACUCUAAUGCUCUUCUUGUGAGCACGCAUUUAUAGAGGUUGGUUGUUGUCGGGGGGUUCGGACACAAAAGCCUUUGUGGUUGUUGGAUAGACACGAUGAUAAUUUAUUUUCAAAAUUCUCACUGCGUUCAUUUAAAAGUUAGGAUUCUCUUUGCACUCGAUCAAUGGCUCACAUCCUCUGCAAGCACGUGCUCAUAGAUCGUCUUGUGAGCACUAUAACCGGAUUGUGAUAGAUGACUAACGUCAUUGUUGCCAUUUCUUUUUAUAUGACUAUAUUUAUAGCAGUACCAAUGAAAAAUAUUAUAAAAAAAAAAGGAAAUUGGUAGCAUGUCGUUCCCCAUUUCCAUAAACGAAUGAGUAAUGUAGAUGCUAUUUCGUGAAUUUUUCUCUUUUCUCAUGCGAUUCUUCAAGUUUUGUUGGGUCCAUCCAUCAAAAACUUCACUUUCUUCUCCCAUAACAACUUUUUUUAUUCGGUGGAAGAACAGAUGGUGAUAAUACUGGAAGAGAAAAGCAUGUACUUAUAGAGAGAACAACCAAAAUGCAUUUAAUCCCUCCCCGGCCCUCUCCUAUCCUUCCCAUCACCAAUUUCCCCGGCCCGUAGCAACCACCAUCAAUACUGCUCUUUUUCUUUUCUGUUUUUAGCUUCUAGCCACUCAGGGUUCUUGUUCAGUUCCACAUGAAAUGAAAGGUAGAGUAGAAGAUGAACACUCGCACUGUCACUAUCCUUUUUCUGGGGUUUUUUUUUUUUUUGUCUCUUCCGUCCCAUUUUGUUGAGUGUUCAUUAUUUAUGAACGUUCUUACCUACUUUUCCCGUUUCGUCGUUCCUUUUGGAACCUCCCUUAUUGUUUUUCCCACCAUUUUUGGGUUUGUCCCGGUGGCUUCAGAGGUUGUUAGGGUAUGAACGUGGACUCUGACUCUGGGUUGUUGCCUUGUUGGAAAGUGGAAAGCAUGUCAGCGGCAGCUGUGGAUUUGUUUGGGGCUGUGCCUGUGAUAGGAAAACACCAAAAACCAUUUCACUUCCCUUUGCCCACCUACCGUAAAUUUAUCUUGUUUAUAUUUCCUAGUUGAUUAACAUGUGAUCUUGUAUUCUAAGGUAUAUAUGCAUGUCCUGUUAUGGUCUCUCAUUGAAUAAUAUAUCUGCUUUGAUUUCGGUCAUGUGUUGAUUUUGGGUUUAGGUGUUUGGUGAAGCAAGGAGAGAUCAGCCCAAGCUUUAAGGAAGCAGGGUUCUGGCUGACUGCUAAGUGUGUUGUGGCGAUGGCGGGGGAGGAGAUUAACCAGAAGCUUUUAACAAAAACUGUUGAGGCAGAAGUCGAGGAAAUACCCUUGAAGUCCAAGAUAUGGACGGAGGCCAAGAAGAUGUGGAUUGUGGCUGCCCCAGCUACCUUCACCAGGUUCUCUACCUUCGGAAUCAAUGUCGUCAGUCAGGCUUUCAUCGGCCAUAUUGGGUCGACUGAACUCGCUGCUUAUUCCCUUGUCUUCACUGUCCUCCUGAGAUUCGCUAAUGGUGUCCUGCUGGGAAUGGCUAGUGCAUUGGAAACUCUUUGUGGGCAAUCAUUCGGCGCGAAGCAGUACCACAUGCUGGGAGUGUACCUGCAGAGGUCGUGGAUCGUUUUGAUCAUGUGCGCGACUCUGAUGCUUCCGAUAUUCAUCUUCACCACUCCACUCCUGGAGUUACUGGGCCAAGAGGCUUAUAUUGCAGAAGUUGGAGGAACUAUUUCACUAUGGUUGAUCCCAGUGAUGUUCGCCUCCAUUCCUUCCUACACCUGCCAGAUGUUCCUUCAGGCACAGAGCAAGAACGUGCUCAUUGCAUAUUUGGCUGCAGCUUCCAUGGCCAUCCACUUGGUCCUUUCCUGGCUGUUGACCAUAAAGUACAGGUAUGGGAUCCCAGGAGCAAUGAUAUCCACGAUUCUAGCUUAUUGGAUCCCCAAUAUAGGUCAGCUCUUCUUUGUUACUUGUGGUGGUUGCCGUGAGACGUGGAAGGGUUUAUCGUUCUUGGCAUUUAAGGAUCUGUGGCCUGUUGUCAAACUCUCUGUUUCAUCUGGUGCCAUGCUUUGCCUUGAGCUCUGGUACAACACAGUGCUAGUGCUUUUGACAGGGAACAUGGAGAAUGCCGAGGUUGCUAUCGAUGCUCUUGCUAUCUGCCUCAACAUCAAUGGAUGGGAGAUGAUGAUCUCACUUGGUUUCUUAGCAGCUGCCAGUGUGAGGGUUUCAAAUGAGCUCGGGAGGGGCAAUGCCAAAGGCGCCAAGUUCGCCAUUGUGAUGACAGUUGCAACCUCAUUCAUCAUUGGAGUAGUGCUAUUCCUAGUGUUCCUAUUCUUGAGAGGGAAGGUUGCUUAUUUGUUUACGGAAAACGUGGAAGUAGUCCGUGCCGUCUCCGAUCUCUCACCACUACUGGCCUUCUCCAUUCUCCUCAACAGCAUUCAACCCGUCCUAUCUGGCGUUGCUCUUGGAGCUGGAUGGCAGAGUAUUGUUGCAUACGUCAACAUAGCUUGCUAUUACCUUGUUGGUAUCCCAGUUGGAGUUGUUCUUGGAUAUGUGUUUGACAUGCAAGUCAAAGGUGUCUGGAUAGGAAUGCUGUUUGGAACAUUCAUCCAAACAAUCAUUCUCAUUGUGAUCACCUACCGAACUGACUGGGACAAACAGGUUCUUCUUGCUCGCAACCGUGUCAACCGGUGGUACACACCAGUAGCAGAACCUGAGGAGCAAAGUUUGGUGUCUUCCUAGGUUUCAACUACCAGUAGAAACUAGUAACUUAGAUUGUUGUGUGGCAAAUUCAUCCCAUCUAGUCCAAGCAUCUCUUCACCCUUUCAUCCUAAUUUUGCUUUUUGUUACUGCAGAGUAACAAAAAAAAUCUGUAGACUAGUAGUAUCUCCAUUUCCCAUUAAUGGCAAAAAAAUUGUAUCACAUCCU